AAUGUCCAAAAUCAAAUUAACGACAAAUUGGGCAUUGACAGCUUUCUUGUGCAGCCCGUGCAAAGACUGACCAGAUAUCCGUUGUUAUUGCAGCAAUUUAUAUCUGAAUUCUACAAAAGCGGCAUUAGCUGCAAGCCAGUACUGGCGUCUGUGUGCAAGUUGGAGACACGCAUGCGACGCCUACUCGAAGUGGUCAAUCAGGCUGAAGAAGUGGCAGCCAUAGACGAGCUAGCAGAGCUCAACCUACCCGCGCAGGGCUACUUCCGUCGGGCCACCGAAUUUGAGGCGUAUCAUCAUCGUUCGCGCAAGAAAUACACCGCCAAGGUGUUCCUCUUCGAUCGCUGCCUCAUCUGCACAGAGGCGCGCAAGCGACGACUUGCCUAUCGUCAUCAUUACGCUUGGCCAACACUGGAGCUGCAAUUGAAUGGUAGUAAGAGCAUAACGGUGUUACUGCGCGGUAGCGGUGCAGCGAGUGCGGCUGGCGGUGCCAAGGAAGAGUACGAAUUCACAGCGCAGGAAGCGAGCGCGGUGACGCAGUGGAUACGCUGCGCGCGAAAAAUUAUUGAAAUCGAACGUGUGGAGGCGGCGAUGCGGGGAAAAUUCUCACUGCCAAUGGAUUUGGUGCUCGGUGUGGGAAUAGCGAUAUGGUUGAUAUGGAAUUAUUUACCUUAGUUUGCAAAGAUGCGGCUUUAUAGAUGUAUAGUACAUAAAUUUAGGUACUUUUUUCGAAAAAUAAUGGGGGACUAAUAACUCGAUUGUUCGAGGGAUUUUAAAGAUUUAAAUUUAAUUACAUGAAAAGUUGUUUAAGAUUACACGAAGAACAAAAAGAAAUAUACUUAAGUUAUUUUUGAAGACAUUAAGAUACGUAUGUGUAUACAUAUUUUUUGAUAAAAGCUCUUAUUUGCUAUAAUUAACAGCUACUUUUUGUCGGAAGCUAGCCGCUAACAGACAGUCAGCAAAACUUUCAAUAGGCGAAAGACAAUAAAAACGCGACGAAAAUUAUUACGAACCUAAAUAUAUUGAAUUU